AUGCAAAAUUUUCUCCCUAUGAAGUUAGAAAUGGUUUUGAAUAUUAGUGAAAUAACAAUAUUCCUUCUUAUAACUGGAUUUGGCACCGUGGUGAAUAUUUCUGUUUUGGUGAAUCACAUAUGCACUUUUGUGGGUUCUGGAAAGAAAUCUAUACACCUUAUUCUCAUGCACUUGGCUUUUACAAAUAUUAUAAUGCUUUUCUCCAAGAGCAUGCCAACGACAAUUGCAGCUUUAGGUCUGAGACACUUCCUAGGUGAUGUGGGCUGUCACAUUAUUGUUUAUCUAGAAAGGAUGGCCCGGGGCCUCUCCAUCUGCACCAGCAGUCUCCUCACUGUGGUCCAGGCCAUCAUCAUCAGUCCCAGAGACUCCUGGUGGGGGAGGCUCAGACUGAGGUCCACAUGGUAUAUGCUUCUCUCCCUGCUCUUCUUUUGGAUUCUCAAUUCCUUGAUCAGCAUGAACCUUGUCCACUCCAUCAGAAACAGAGUCAUAAAUACAUUACAACUGAGUAACAAUAGUUUAUACUGUUAUUUCAAAAAAGAAAGUCAGAAAAUAAACAGCAUGUUUCUCCUUCUUAUGGUCCUGAGAGAUGCUGUGUUUCAGGGAGUCAUGGGAGGGGCCAGUGGCUACAUGGUAUCUCUUCUCCACAAGCACCACCAGCAUGUCCUCUACCUUCAGAAAUCCAAACUUCUCUACAGAACUCCCCCUGAGCUGAGAGCUGCCCAGAGUGUCCUCCUUCUGAUGCUCUGUUUUCUUUCCUUCUAUUGGGCAGAUUGUGUUGUCUCUUUAUAUUUAUCUUUCUCUUUGAAGAAUGACUCCUUCACAAUGCAUUUUCAAGAAUUUCUGACCCUUGGUUAUUCAGUUCUCAGCCCGUUUAUCCUGAUUCACAGGGAAGGACACCUGGCUGAAUGUUGGCAUGCUCAGUAA